GCAUUUUAAUUUUAAUUUCCUUAGUAAAGAACUGUUAUUCCUAUUGCCAUAUCUUUGCCUGAGAGCACUUUGAUUUCAAGAUUAUAAUUUUUGAAGGGGGGGAGUGGUGGUUAUUUAUAUUUUUAUUUAUUUCAAGAGAGGUUUCUGCCUUCCUUAGCAGACACCUGUCUUUCUUCAAAGCAAGACAACAUCCAGACUGAAUAUAUUGCUACCAAUCAUAACAAAAAAGUCUCUCAUGCUUUAGCAUGUUUCUAGUAAAUCUCCCUCAGCUCAUUAACAUCACUGUAAUUUUUCCUCAUGCUUAUGGUUUUAAAGGAUUUUCGUUAAGUCCUUUAUGAAGGUAUUUCAGUGUUCAUUAUUUCAUAGAAGGAGAUUUUCCAAUCAGACACAGUUCCUUUGGGAUAACUUGUCUGUUGUUCUUCUUUUUCCGAGUAUUUUGUCAGUAUGGGCAAAUGGGACCAUCCAGAUGGAAGGCUUUUUACUUUCCUUGAAUAGAUUUUAAACCACUUUCAACGUCAGGGCAGGUUGUUAGCUUUCCUGAUCUGUUAAACCUGUGUUUAAAAUUCAGCUGAAAAAUUUGGAUUAACUUCUGCAGAAGUCAUUGGUAAGUUAACCUCCUGAAGUCCAUCAAGGUCCUGCACCUGUGUCAUAGCAAUCGCAAACACAAAUCUGGGCUGAGCAGAGAAUGGAUUGAGAUUAGCCCUGAGGAGAAGGACUUUGGGGUGCUGGUGGAUGAGAGGCUGGACAUGAUGUGGUCUUUUGACAAGAGCACAGAGUGACAGGACAGGUGGAAUGACUUCAAACUGACACAAGGGCGGGUUUAGACUGGAUAUUAGGAAGAAAUAUUAGCGCUGUGAGGGUGGAGAGGCCUUGGCACAGUUUUUCCAGGGAAGGUGUGGCUGCCCCAUCCCUGGAAGUUCUCAAGGUCAGGUUGGAUGGGGCUUGGAGCAAUCUGGGAUAGUGGAAGGUGUCCCUGCCCAUGGCAGGGGGGUGGAACUGGAUGAUCCUGUGAUUCCAUGAAAGCCAGGCAGUCCUUUACUGCACUGCAGUUUCUGGAGUGCCUCUUGCUAGAGGAUGUUUGUACAUUUUCCAGAUUGGUUGUUUUGUAACAACAAAUUCUUCAUGUCACAAGAUAAUGUUUCAAAAUUGUUUUUGUAUUAAGAAAUACUCUGUGAUUUGGAUGGAUAAAAAUACCUGGGAUUGCAGUUGUGAGGCAGCAGCUUGGCUGUGCAACACUUAGAGCUGUGGAUUACUUUGUGUGUAAUGGGGUGCACAGCUAACUCUCCUUAGCUUCAGCAUUUUUUUCUUUACAUUAUCAUUUUCCCCUUAAUUGUUAAUGGGAUGAGGCUUGAUCCACUGUUGGUUUAAGAAGAUUUAUCUAUCAUGUUUUAUAGAAACAGAUAGAGGUUAUUUGCAAAAUUUCUUUUUUAUGAUUUGUUUCCAAUGCAGAGAUAGCGUUUGUAAGCAUGGGAAGGAUCUGGAGGUAUCAUGCUUUGAUAAGGAGACUUGGGAGAGAGAGUCCCUGAGCAGAUUUUUGGGCUUCCUGUGCCACAGUAGCAACACUGAGUGACAAUAACUCUGUCAAACUGAAAAGUGAUCCUUCACCUCCUGUGCAAUGGUGUAAGGUGGCUGCACAUGAAGAUGAGAAGACCAAGCUGGUUUUUAAAAGGUACUCGCAAAAUUCUUGCACUGUUUGUGGUUGGAGGGUGCUUCCUUUAUAUCCUCAAAUUACAUUUUGGCCCUGAGGAAUGUGACAGAACAAAAAUGCCGUAUGUGGACCUUGAUCGUGUAAUGAGGGCACAGCAAUUUGCCAGUGCCGUACUGCAGGAGCAGUGCCGACCUUCCUACGCGAAGAAAGAGAUGGGAAAGUUGUUUGCAGAGAAAUACAGCAUGGACAUAUCUCCCUUUGUGAGGAAAAAUAUAAAUGAAGAUGAAGCUUUAUUUAAAUAUGAGCCUCCUUUUGGAUUUCACAAGUUCUUUGAUACACUUAAAGAUCUCCUUGAACUCUUACCUGAGCACGAUUUACCAGAAGAUUUGAAGUCAAAGCAAUGUAAACGUUGUGUUGUUGUUGGCAGUGGUGGGAUUCUUCAUGGAUCAGAGCUGGGUCACUUAUUGAAUCAGUUUGAUAUUGUUAUAAGGUUAAAUGAUGCACCAGUUCAAGGUUACACAGAUCAUGUUGGCAACAAAACAACAAUACGGAUGACUUACCCCGAAGGAGCCCCCUUUUCUGAACAUGAGUAUCCUCCUGCAAGCUUGUUUGUGGCUGUUCUGUUUAAAAGAGUUGAUUUCAACUGGCUUCAAGCCAUAGUAAAAAAUGAAACCUUGCCUCUAUGGGUGCGACUCUUUUUUUGGAAGGAGGUUGCUGAGAAAAUUCCUUUCACAUCAAAGCAAUUUCGGAUUCUGAAUCCAGUCAUUAUCAAAGAGACAGCUUUUGACAUUUUACAGUUCCCUGAGCCUCGAUCAAAAUUCUGGGGUUGGGAUAAGAAUGUACCUACAAUUGGGGUCAUAGCAGUUGUUCUGGCCACACAUUUGUGUGAUGAAGUGAGCAUAGCAGGAUUUGGAUAUGACCUGGAUCAGCCCAGCACACCUUUGCACUAUUACAACAACCUCUGCAUGGCUGCCAUGAAAGAACAAUUUAUGCACAAUGUGACAAGUGAAACAAAAUUCCUGCAAAAACUGAUCAAAGAAAAAGUUAUCAAAGACCUCACUGGAGGGAUACACUGUGAAUUCUGCAGCAAAGACAGCUAGUGACUGACUUGCAGCAUGGACAGAUUUGUUACAUUUCCAGAGGUUCAGCUGGAUCAACCCUUUUCCUCUCUUUAGUUCUAUAAAGUGUACAUGAAAUGGAUGUGGAGUCCCUGCUGCCUUUUUUAACGUCACGUUCAAGUUGUCGGACUUUUAAAUUAAUUUCCCUGACAGAUUUUACUUUGCACAUUUCUGUGAAUAGCUAUGUAAAUAUGACUUGGAGUUGAAACAUAAAUCCAUUUAAAGUAUUUAAUGUUUUAAGUUGUCUGAAUAAAAGCAGGUUUUUUGUUUUCAAAUGUAUAUGGAACGCACAUAGCUGGCCUGAAUUGUCUAACAGUGUACAAGAGUAAUUUUCCCCAGAUCUGCUGUCUUUGUUGAUCCAGUUCUUGGUAUCUUGACUCCUUUUCAUGCAUGCCAUGAAAAGAAAGGCAUAUACUUCUCAAGUCUUUCACGUCUUGAACUUGAGCAUUGCAUUUACUCCUCAAAUAUUUAUAUUAUUUUGCUAAUAACAUUUUUGGGGGGUGAAGGACAAACAUAGGAGUGGAGUUGAAGGAAAAAGAAUUGUUGUGGCAACAACUGAGUAGUAAGUACUUUGAUGUUCAUGAUUGGUAUUAAAACCAUUGAUAUAUUGGGUUAGAAUCCUGCAUUGUGAAGCACAUUUGGGCCCAGGGGACUCUAGAAGAGGAUUUAUCCAGGAGGGGGCUUUAACCCAAACCAGGUCGUUUGCCAUUUCCAUUCCUGAAGUCCCACCUAAAUGUCUCUAACUGGAUUAUUUGCAGCAGAGUUCAGCUAUCCCAAUUAAAGAAGUGGCGUUAAUACAAAAUCUGCCCCUUUUUUAAAAAUUUUUUGAGUGACUUGAAAAUUGCUGGUUCUGUAAAACACUAGUUUAUAUCAAUCAUUUAGCAAUACUUAAAUGUAUGACUAGGUUACAAUCUCCACUGGUUAGCUUUAUGAUCCUUAAAUAAUGAAUUAUGGACAUUGUUGACUUAAUAGUUUGCAAUGCUGAUAACCCUUGUGAAAUCCAAUAUUGACUUAAAUAGUCAGUUGGAGAAGUAGAGUUGUUGGUUUUCCCCCAAGUCAGUAAUUGGGUGAGUGUAUAAGUUAAGAAGAAAAUCACUUUAAGAAAGUAGCAUAGUCUAAUAAAAAGGUGGAUAACUGCUGAUAACAGCAAAUGUAAUAAACCAAAAGAGAAAAGAGAGCUAUAGAUGUAUGUUCUUGGUGGUGGAAGACAGUGCAUUGCAAAAGCACUGGGCUGUGCAGGUCUGUAAGCAAAUUUUUAUGUUAAUAUUUUUGUUACUAGUAGAGUAUCAGGUAUGACUGUUUGCACUGAGGAGUGGUGUUACUCAAUCUGCAGUAUGUGAAAAAAGCUUCCUUUGGGAGUGAAAACUUGUCAGCAAAUCAAUCAAAUGUUGGCCUAGAAACAUUGUUCAUAGUCAUGGACUCUUCACAUGGUGAAUGUUUCCACUUUUCUUUGUUAUGGACAAGGAUAUGAAUGAAAUUGUAGUUCCAAAUUUUAUACUUGUGGAAAAUGCAAGAUUAGGGUGGUUGUGUUCUGGGCUUUUAUUCCCUGGAGAGAAGAUCUAAUGAAUUAUAAUGUUAGAAUUCAGGAGCAGCAGAUUGCUCACUGUUAUACUAAGAGGCAAUAAAAGGACAUCAGAUAAUAAAACAUAACUGAAGAAAGUUGUGGACUUCAUCUUUCUGAAGUCCCCAGUGUCCUUUAAAUUCAGUUGUGGGAGCUUGAACAAAUUUAAAAAUCAGGAAUUCUUGUUUCUGGCACUGUGUUCAUAGCAAUAAUAUUAAUAUAGCCUCCUCCUCCAUGAAAAAUAUUAAUUUUUAUACUUGCAAUAAAUUUCUAGUCUGUUUUUUUUUUGUAAGUAUGUUAUUUAAUUAAAAAAUAUUUCAUGUAUGAAGAGAAUUAUUCAAAUAGUCCUUUAGUUAAUAUAUUAAAGUGUGGUAACUAUUCUCUCCUGGUAUUUAAACUGGAAGCAGAAUACCUUAAUUUCAUUUAGUAUUUAUGAAAUUUUGGAAGAUUUCAGAAUGUGUGUGUUGGGAGGAUGUCAUGAAUGCACCAGAAGUCUGUGUUUCUGAGCACCUGGUCCCUCACCACUUAAUUUUGUUCAGCAACUUCAAAAUAAUCAGUUGAUUAAUGUAAAUGCCAAUAGCUUUUUGGAGAUGCUGUAUUUACUGUCAAAUUUGUAAAUUGUGUGGAUGUAGGAUUAGCUUUCCUACCUGUAUCAUGGCUUCUGGUAAAACCUUGUUGUCUGUGGUAGUCUUUGCAGACUCGACACUCUGUGAAAUGGCAGCAAAAAGCAAUAAACUGAUGAAACCAC